GGGGCGGUGCUUUGUGUGCGGCGGUGGCGGCGGCUGCUACAGGACGCCAAGGAGAGCGGGCGCGGGCGGCAGUAUGGAGGAGCUGAGCAGCGUGGGCGAGCAGGUCUUCGCGGCCGAGUGCAUCCUGAGCAAGCGGCUGCGCAAGGGCAAGCUAGAAUACCUGGUCAAGUGGCGCGGCUGGUCCUCCAAACACAACAGCUGGGAGCCAGAGGAAAACAUCUUGGACCCGAGACUGCUCCUGGCCUUCCAGAAGAAGGAACACGAGAAGGAGGCACAGAACCGGAAGAGGGGCAAGCGGCCAAGGGGCAGGCCAAGAAAGCACACGGAAGCUGAUGCUCCCUCCAAAUCCAAAUCCAGCAGCUCCUCCUCCUCCUCCACAUCUUCCUCCUCUUCCUCAGAUGAAGAAGAUGACAGUGAUUUGGACGCUAAGCGGGGACCCCGGGGCCGGGAGACCCAUCCCUUGCCUCAGAAGAAGGCCCAGAUCUUGGUGGCCAAGCCCGAACUGAAGGACCCCAUCCGGAAGAAGCGGGGCCGCAAGCCCCUGCCCCCAGAGCAGAAGGCAGCCCGGAGGCCUGUGAGCCUGGCCAAGGUGCUAAAGGCUGGGCGCAAGGACCUGGGCACCCCCACCAACAAACUGCCAUCCCCACUCAGUGCCCCAGUGGCCGGCCUGGCUGCCCUGAAGGCUCACGCCAAGGAGGCCUGCGGGGGGCCCAGCUCCAUCGCCACCCCGGAAAACCUGGCCAGCCUGAUGAAGGGCAUGACAGGCAGCCCCAGCCGGGGCGGUAUCAGCUGGCAGAGCUCCAUUGUACACUACAUGAACCGCAUGAGCCAGAGCCAGGCCCAGGCCGCCAGCCGCCUGGCACUCAAGGCCCAGGCUGCUGGCAAGUGUGGCCUGGGGCUCAACCUCAAGGUGAGGACACAGAAGGGGGAGUUGGGGUUGAGUGCCCCUGGGAGCAAGGUCCCAAAGGCCCCCAGCAGUGGGUCUGGGGAUCUGAAGUUGGGAGGCACUGGGGCACCCCCACACAUCCACAGCAGCACCAAGCUCCCCCAACCUGUAGCCUCCCAGGAGCUGAGUCUCCAAGUCCUGAACUUACAGAGUGUCAAGAAUGGCACACCCAACCUAGGCAUGGCCGCCCGCCACACCACUACCACCAAGGGAGCAUCUGUUACCAACCCCCCAGCCGGGAAGGGGCCUGGGGGUGGGCUGGCAGGGGGCAGUGCAGCCAGCGGUCCCAACCACAGCAAGAGUGAGAAACUGGCCUCCAGAGCAGCUGUACCACCUGCCCCCACAGGCAAGCGGGACAGUAUGAAAGGUGCCACGGCCUCUGGUGGGCAGGAGGGCCACCUGGACCCUGGAGAGGUCCACAAGGUGGCCAUGCUAUCCGAGAUGAGCACAGGUGAGGAGAACAGCAGCUCCGACUCGGACCCUGACUCAGCCUCCCUGCCCAGCGGCCAGCAGAACCUGUCGGUGUCGGUGCAGACUAGCCAGGACUGGAAGCCCACUCGCAGCCUCAUUGAGCACGUCUUUGUCACUGAUGUCACUGCCAACCUCAUAACAGUCACUGUGAAGGAGUCACCGACCAGUGUGGGCUUCUUCAACCUGAGACAUUACUGAGAUGCCCCCCCCCCACCCUCCCAAACAUUCUAGGGACCUGGAGGCAUUGUCCUUGCUCCUACCUCUCAGGCCUUCACUCUGCUUCCCCAGUGCACUUAAGGAAAUCUGGAGGUGAGGCCACCAGACUGUCACCACCCAAGCAGGUGUCUCCAGCAUGGUGUUUGGACAGGCCUGGCCAGUAGUGACACUGGUCAGAUGCCCUUAAGACUUCCCAGUAGUCCCCCUGACACAGCCUAAUUAGCUCUUCCCACCCAGGAGAGGGAGAAAAGUGAGUGGGGAGUAUUCCUGUCGGGAUGGGAAGGACACCCUGAAGAGGCAAGUUUGGGUGCUAUUUAUCCCUGCUUUGGGUAAUAACCUGUCCCCUCCAAAUAUUGAGUGUCCGGCUGGCUGGGAAGAGGACUUGCCCCAGAAUCACUUAGCCUCAAGCACCUCUGCACAGUAGUGGGACUUGGGGGGGCCAGGGAGGGGCUCCCACUGCCUUCUUGCUGCCCACAUGGAUGGGAACUGCCUCAUUUUUGGCCACUGACCCACCCAAAAGUGGGGAGUAUGCCCACUGCCUGGUAUUGCUUUCUGGCCCUAUGGGGGUGCUGGCUGCAAGUUCUACCAGGUGGACAGAUAUACCCCAUCCCUGACAAUCCCCCCACCUUUGGGGGUUUCAUGCCUCUGCUCUUUCCCAGAUGAAAAGCAGCACCCCAGUAUGCUAUACCAUUGGAGAAGCUGGACAGUCUGAGCUGCCCAGGUGGGGGACUGGGAGCCGCCUUCUGGGGUUCUUGCCCACAUGGGAGCAGCAGUCAUUUGAGACUUUGAUGCCAAAAAUUGGGGGGAGGGGGCUGAAUCCAGCAGAGAUGGAUUCAGGCCCCACACCUGGAUUGUGGGAGAAAGCCCCCAGCCUCUUAACCUCCACGCCAAAAAGGAAGACAGCUUUUGUGUAGCCAAAUUGAUUUCAGUAGUGUGCCUUUGUGGAGUGGGAGACCUGUCCAGGAGAUGGGGGGGGGGGGGAGUGUCUGCUCUGGGGCAGCGUAUGAGUCUGCAUCUGGACAAACCAGGAAGGUUGGUGGGCCCCACAUCAGCAGGCAGGAAAGAAAAGCAAAGUCCCUAACCCCCUUCUGCCCCAGGAGAUGGGUUCUGGCAUCAGCCUCCUAUCCCCCUAAAUAGGGCCUCUGGAUAUAACAUCUCCUGGGCUGUUCCCUCCCUACUAGGCACAGAGAUGCCUUAGAGACAGACUUCUAGCAUGCCCCACUCCCCACAUGGUGCCUUUUCUACUUACUAGCUACUGCCAUCCCAAAGUUUAAAGCCACCAACCCCAUUGUCCAGGCCAUUUUGCCUUCUUGCCUUGUCACACUUUGUGCUUGGUGCUUGUGGCUCUGAGUGAGCCAGUAUCUUCAGGCAUGCGUGCGAGCACCUUUGCUGAGGGCUCCCAUCAGAUGCCCUAUCAGUCAUGUUCACCAGUAGAAUUAAUAACCCUUUCACUUGCUGCUAUGUGCAUGCUUGUCACAGCCCUUGGCCACCUGAGGUGACAUAGCUGUCCCUUAAUCCUGCAGCUUCAUCUGUAAUCUCCGCCUGUGAGCGGGACACUUUCCACACACCAGCCUACUCUCAGAGGUUUGGGCAUAUUUAUAUCUAUUAUUUGGUACAAGAAAAAAAAGUCCCUUGUUUUGGUUACACUCAGAAUUUCUGAUCUGGACCAGAAAGGACAUAUGAAAUGAAGGACUCUCAUUUGCAUUCAGAUCAGUGCUGACCACUGACUUGAUUUUUUUUGUUUGUUUGUUUUUCUAUUUACCAGAGCACUGCUCAGCUCUGGCUUAUGGUGGUGCGGGGGAUUGAACCUGGGACUUCAGAGCCUCGGGCAUGAAAGUCUUUGCAUUAACUGUUAUGCUAUUUAUCCCCGCCUGAUUUAAUUAAAAAAAUGAUAUAACCACUCCUAAUUGCUUUAAGUUAUGACUGUUGGCUUUUCCUUGAGAGAACAAAACUGGAUAGUAUGUUCUUGGCCUGGGAAACUUAAGAUUGUUGGAGACAGGACAGCAACCCAGCCCUCUAUUCUAGUCAGUAAAGUUUUUUCCCUCAGGAAGGCCAUUGUGAUUGGGGGAAGGAGAGUUGCUGGGUGAGUAGAUAGGUUGUGCAAGUGCAUCUAGAGAUUCUCUGGGUUUUCUAGUAUUUUUGAAAAACUAACAGUGAUAGAUUGCAGCUUUGUUUUUUAGGCUGAUGUUAAUUUAUUUUGCAGGGGUUGACAACAAAUGGUAUCAGAAAAUUGGUUUUCUUUGUUAAUUCAGUACAACAAUAAAUAUUUUCUUUAA